CUGUGUGAAUUCUAAAUUGGUUGUGAUGAAACUGCUUUUUAUACUUUCCUCAUUUAUUGCUGUCACGGUGGCACAGCAGUCUUUAUUGCAUUGCACUUACAUACAUUAUUACGAUUUCAAUUACGAUUCCAUCUAUGCAUGUCAACUAAUAAUCAACAAUCCCGAAGGCUUCAACAACAUUACCGACAUUGAUGGUAUUCAUUUGGAUGGAUUCACAAAUGCUGACGUAAACUUUAUAUCCAGACGCGAUGGCUCUACAGCAAAUAUACCGCAAAUCAUCUGCGACACAUUCCCAAAUAUUGAACAUCUUCAACUGAACAAUGCGGGAAUAAUUACAAUUGAUAACAGUGCUUUCAGUGGUUGUUCGCGUGUCAGACGAAUUGACUUACAUUAUAAUCGAAUCACGUCGAUCUCUGAAAACGCUUUUGUUAACCUUCCGGAAGUUUCGAGUAUCAGCUUAGGUGAUAACUUGCUUGCUACCUUGCCAGAAAAUGUGUUUGCAAAUCAAUCAAAUCUAACGGAACUAGUCUUGGACUACAAUAGUUUUGAAUAUUUACCAGCCGGUCUAUUCAGACCUUUAAAAAACCUUAAAAGCUUGUUUCUCGGUUACGCUAAUUUGACCACAAUUAAUAACCAGUGGUUUUCAGCAAAUUCGACUUUGAAUUUCUUAAAUUUGUCUGGCAAUAGAUUAAUUCUAUCACCAGGUAUCUUUGCCGGACUGGAAACUUUGAGCGGAAUUUCGUUAGGAGACAAUGGAAUCAACGAAAUCCCGGCUGGAGUAUUUGCCGGAUUUACAAAUCUUCAGUCGUUGUCAUUGGCAAGCAACAAUUUUACCGUACUUCAAGCAGAUUCGUUCCCAGAUCUUGGACAUUUGACCGAUUUACUUCUUAGUUCUAAUCCCAUCAGGGAAAUUGAAGACAACGCAUUCCGUGGACUUGAAGGGUUGUUAAUGCUAUUUGUCGGAAACUGUCGCAUACGUGAACUGAAUGCGAAUUCGUUUGAAAAUCUUAGAAAUCUAACUUAUUUAGAGUUGGGUCGCAACGAAUUUGAGGACAUUCUUCCCGGCACCUUCGCCUCAAUGCCAAAUCUUUACUACAUCGGUUUGUGGAGCAAUCGUUUGAAGAUGUUACGCAGAAAUGUAUUUGGAGCAUUGACUGAGCUACAAACGUUGGACUUAGAUAUGAAUAAUAUGAACGCACUUGACCGAGCCAUCAUUAACGAUGCUGUAAACCUGAACACGCUUCUAUUCUCCAGAAAUUUGUGUGCCAGCAAUUACUUCGGAAACUUCUUAAUGAACCGAGCCGAGUAUUUGCUAAUGCUUGACAGAUGUUUCGCUAACAUGAGAUAUUUUGUUGAUACAACAACUGAAAGUGAUGGUGUCUAUUCGUUUUUUGACGCACACAAUGCUGGAAUCACUUUGCGUGUUCAGUCGGACAAUGAAAUUCAAAUUGCACUUACAUCAGUCAAUUUCUUGUGGACUCCAGCGAUUGAAAUUUUCAUUGGUUCGACCAAUAAUACACAGUCGGUGAUACGAGUAAACGAAGAGACAGAAGUUGUCGCAGUACCAACACCGAAUAUUUUACGACCGAAUCAAUGGAACGAUUUCAGAGUAACAUGGGCUGAUCAAAAUGUUCUUGUAUUCAGUUCGAACGACACUUUUCCAUUCAUGAACUAUACAAUGCAGGACAUCUUCCCCGUUAACUUUUAUGGUCUACGAGCUGUUGAAACUAGAGCUACGUGGCGUAUACAACCGUUGCAAUAGACGUUCCAGCCGGUCUUGCUCAAUGCAGAGGGAACAUUACAUUGCCUCAAUUACAGAAACGAUGAAUUUUUGAAUUAAAUAAAAUCGAAAAAUAUUUUUAAA